AUGACUCAAACUGCCAAGCCGCCACUCAGGAACUCGGACUUCGGCCCCGGUGGACUACUGACCCAUCUUCCGACCUACAAAGUUGUGAUAUGCAAGGACUGUCGUUUUGCCAUCCAGCCCAGUGCCUUCUCGAGCCAUCUCCAGAACCACCACAUCUUACGCUCCGAGCGCCGUUGCAUACUGGAUCAGCUGUCCUCUCUUUGCCUGUCACCACCCGACCGUGUCGGUAUUCCGGCCGGUGACGCGCGACGGAUUGCGGACCUGCCCGUCCUGUCCGGCUUCAGGUGCGAGACGGCCGGCUGCAGCUAUGCCUGCACAUCUGUCAAGCGCAUGUGCCAGCACUGGAGCGAGGUCCACCACGAGCCCAACUCGAAAGCCAUCAGAUACCGUGAAGCCAGGCUGCAGACGUUCUUCAGGGGGAACAAGAUCCGCUACUUCGAAGUCGAGGGCCCGAAAGACGCGCAAUUCCAAACGCGGAAACAGAGCCAGCUGGGCGUCAAGAAGCCCGACGUGUUCUCGUUGCCAGAAGGCUCUUCCGACAAGGCUCUUGAUGAGAUACAAGCCCCGCCUUUGGAUCAUGAAUCCCUUCUUUACAUGCAUCACUACACAAGACACUCGGGCUUGUUUCUCAACAGAGGAAACGAGAGCACCGUCUUCUGGGUAGACACCAUGGUCUUAGAAGCCUACAAGCAUCCGUUCCUGAUGUACGGCCUCCUCUGCAUUUCCGCCAUCGACAAGGCACGUGGAACCACAAGCCACACCGAGCGGCGCGACCACGUGCGCGCGUCUGCCUCGUACUGCGCCGGCGCAAUAGCAGGCUACCGUGCCACUGUUGCGUGCCCCACGAGCGCCAACAGUACCGCAUUGGUAGCGUGCAGCCGUCUUCUCGGGCAGCAAGAGGUAGUCAGCGACCUGAUCAAGUCUCAGGAGACCGACGACGACGAUUUCGCCAUACAAGACAUGUUGCGCCAUCUCGUGCUUCUCCGCGGCUGCACCGACCUCAUGAUCCAGCUGCAGCCCAUCCUACCCCCCGGCUCGCCUUUCCGUCUGCCCGAACAGGUCAUACUGGGGCUCAGACAGAUCGAAGACAGCGACGAUACGACCGCGGCAGUUUUGGACCAGGGCUGCAUACCCGCCGACAAGUGGCUGGUCCUCACUACGCUUGAACCCAAGAUGGAGAAUCUUGGGUUCCUGCCAGAGCGUGAGGUCCCCAUGAUACGCCGUGCUAUGAACUCGCUAGUACGUGCGGCGUCGCACGCGUACGCAGCGAAAGAAGACGAGUUCGGCUGGGCCAGCUGGAACGCCGUAGAGGGCUGGCUCCGCUCCCCUGUCGUCGCAGAAGAGCUUCUGCCUGCCAUGAGCGGGGGUCGUCCCGCGGCGUUUGUCGUGUUCAUCUCCUGGGUCAUGGUCUUACUCCGGAGACUCGAGAGCGCCUAUGAUUGGAUGACCGGCCUGUCUAAUUGGUUUGUUCGCGUCGCGCUCAAGGUCGCGCAGAGCUCUGGAUUGACAUCCCUCGUGCGGGAGAUAUAUGCGGUUGACUGA